ACACUUUCAGCACAUUUCCCCCCACUUUUCCUCCCUUCCUUCCCUUUUUUCCCUUUUUUUCCCCCUCACCCCGACACUUUCAGCACAUCUGCCCCCCACUUUUCCUCUCUUUUCCUCCCUUCCUUCCCUUUUUUUUCCCUUUUUUCCCUUUUUUUUCCCCCUCACUCCGACACUUUCAGCACAUCUGAGCCCUUCUGCCAUCAUUUUUCUUUCUGUCAUUUUGGAUCUCAGCCCUCCCUUCCCCUUCCUGCCUUCUCCAGCCAAUUUUUCCUGCAUCACUUUCCCGUUAAAAAAUUUUUAAUCUCAACCUUCCCCAUCCCCGCGUCGUUUUUUUACCCUCUUGUUUCGUUUUUCCCACCCCAAUUUCACGCGAUUCCUCCGCGGCCUCUGCUCCAGCCCCGCCCUGGCUCCGGCCUUAUCAGCUCCCCGCAUCUGCUCCUCCAGGGGCACCCAGGAGGAGGAGGAGGAGGAGGAGGAGGAGGAGGAAGAAGAAGAGGAAAGAAAAAGGAGAAGAACGGGAGAAAGAGGAAGAAGGAAAAAGGAGGGGUGAGAAGGAGGAAAACGAGGAGGAGAGAAGGAAGCAAGAGGGAAAAACAAGGAGGAAGAAGAGGAGGAGGAGGAGGAAGAAAGAAAGGAGGAGGAGGAGGUGAAGAAGAGGUAAGGAAGAGGGGAGGAAGAGAGGAGGAAACAAGGAGGAGGAGGAGGAGGAGGAGGAGGAGGAAGCACGCCCAUCUCCCUCAGGCAGCAAGUCCCGACCAUCCGACAAUCCGGAGGGAGGAAGCACACCCUCCUCCUCCUCCUCUUCAUCCCAAAUAUCCAUCACCUAGAGGGACGAAGCACACCCUCCUCCUCCUCCUCCCGACCGUCCAGCUCGCCGGAGGGAGGAAGCACACCCUCCUCCUCCUCCUCCUCUUCAUCCCGGACAUCCAGCUCCCCAGAGGGAGGAAGCACACCCUCCUCCUCCUCCUCCUGACCAUCCAGCUGCCCGGAGGGAGGAAGCACAGCCUAUAUCACCCCACAGGGACAAAGCACACCCUCCUCCUCCUCCUCCUCCUCAUCCCGAACAUCCAUCACCCCGGAGGGAGGAAGCACACCCUCCUCCUCCUCCUCCCGACCGUCCAGCUCGCCGGAGGGAGGAAGCACACCCUCCUCCUCCUCUUCAUCCCAAAUAUCCAUCACUCAGAGGGACGAAGCACACCCUCCUCCUCCUCCUCCCGACCGUCCAGCUCGCCGGAGGGAGGAAGCACACCCUAUAUCACCCCGGAGGGAGGAAGCACAGCCUAUAUCACCCCAGAGGGACGAAGCACACCCUCCUCCUCCUCAUCCUGAACAUCCAGCACCCCGGAGGGAGGAAGCACACCCUCCUCCUCCUCCUCCUCCCGACCGUCCAGCUCCCCGGAGGGACGAAGCACAGCCUUUAUCACCCCGGAGGGAGGAAGCACACCCUCCUCCUCCUCCUCCUCCCGACCGUCCAGCUCCCCGGAGGGACGAAGCACAGCCUUUAUCACCCCGGAGGGAGGAAGCACAGCCUUUAUCACCCCAGAGGGAGGAAGCACACCCUCCUCCUCCUCCUCCCGACCGUCCAGCUCCCCGGAGGGACGAAGCACAGCCUUUAUCACCCCGGAGGGAGGAAGCACACCCUCCUCCUCCUCCUCCCGACCGUCCAGCUCCCCGCGGCCCCAUGGCGGGGCCCAGCCCGGCCGAGCAGCUCCGCGCCGAGGCCUCGUGCCCCGUGUGCCUCGAGCUCUUCCAGGACCCCGUGUCCAUCCCGUGCGGCCACAACUUCUGCCGCCCGUGCAUCGAGCGCUGCUGGCGGAGCUCCGCCGCCUCCUCCUUCUCCUGCCCGCGCUGCCGCAGCGCGGCCCCGCAGCGGAGCCUCCGCCCCAGCCGGGAGCUCGCCAACGUCGCCGACAUCGCCCGGCGGCUUCUCCCGGCACAGGGCAUCCUGUGCGGGCGGCACCGGGAGCCGCUGCGGCUUUUCUGCCGCGAGGAGCGGGCGCUGCUGUGCCUGGUGUGCGGCCGCUCCCGGCUCCACCGGCUGCACCGCGUGGUGCCCGCCGAGGAAGCCGCCCAGGAGUACAAGGAGCAGAUCCAAAGCUGCCUCCAGGCUUUGAAGGAGGAGAGAGAAAAAUACCUGGAAAGCCGAAAAUCCGGUGCUCAGAGGAGUUUGCACCUGGACAAAACCAGGAGCGAGGGGCAGCGCGUGGUGCGGGAAUUCCAGGAAUUGCGGCGGUUCCUGGAGGAGCAGGAGCGUCUCCUCCUGGUCCAGCUCGGGGACCUGGACAGGGCCAUCGGCCGAGCCCGGGACGAGGCGCUGGCCAAGGUCUCGGAGGAGUUAUCCCAGCUGGACACGCUCAUCUGGGAGAUGGAGGGGAAAUUCCAGCAGCCCCCGAGCCACUUCCUGCAGGAGAUCCAGCAGCUCCUGGACAGCUGUGAGAUGAUGACGUUCCACCCCCCGGCCGAGAUUUCCUCCGACCUGGAGAGGAGCCUCGGGGAUUUUGUCCAGAGGAACAUCCUGGUGAGGGGCACCUUGAGGAGAUGCCAAGACAGCCUCAUGUUCCUGCUGCAGGAGCCGGCCGCCCUCACGCUGGAGCCCCGCACGGCUCAUCCCCACCUGCGGCUCUCCGAGGACGGGAAGGAGGCGCGGGGGCAGCUGGUGCCGAGGGACGUCCCGGACCACCCCGAGCGCUUCGACUUCGAGCCCUGCGUGCUGGCGAGGGGGGGCUUCGCCUCGGGGCGGCAUUUUUGGGAGGUGGAGGUGGGGCAGGGAGGGGUCUGGGCGCUGGGCGUGGUGCGGGAGUCCGCGCGCAGGAAGGGCCCCCUGAGCCUGACCCCCAAAGAGGGGGUGUGGGCGCUGGAGGCGUUUCAUUCCCUGACCUCCCCCCGCGCCAACCUCCGCCUGCACCCCCCGCCCCGCCGGCUCCGGGUCGCCCUGGACUACGAGGGGCGCCGGGUGGCUUUUUACAGCGCCGGCGACGACGUUCCCAUCCUGGAAUACACCCGGGCCGCCUUCAACGGGGAGAGGGUCCUGCCCUGGUUCAAGAUCGGGAUGGGGGCGAGGCUGCUGGAGGUGACGCGGAGCGCUCGCUGCCAGGACCGCGCGGUGGCCGGGCAGGUCGUGUCCCCUCUGGACUGGGUGGGAUUCGGCUUCUCGCUGCGGGUCUGCCCCUGAGGGGGCUCCCGGGAUGCGUCCCGGGUGAUGCCGCUCCUUCGCCGCCCCCUCUGGGAGCUCUGCGAUGGCCCCAGGGAUCCAGGAGGAGCCUUAGGGGUCGGAGAGCUCGGUUCAGAGUGUGGGGUUUUUAACCUUGUUGUGCCCUUGGCGGGAUGAAUCCUCCCGGUUUCCUCUCUUCCCAAAGUGCUUUUUCUCCAGGGUGCGUCCUGAGCCCUUCACCCCUCGGUCUGGGGGCUGCUCCCCGUCCCUGUCCGCAUUCCUGACGUUCGCCUCAAAUAAAAGAACGUUUCGCCUUGCA